GGCGGAAAUAUUUUUUCGCUAUUCAAAAUGGCACCCUCUCAAUCAGGAAGUAGAGAAAACAAGUAGCGGCGAAUAAGUUGGAUAAAAUUGCCCAUUUUCCUCGAUUUGACGUCGGCCGCGGCUCGACAUCUGCCCGCGUGUUCGGAGGUCGGACUGGGACGAAGCUAAGACGACGAAGCGGUCAUGGAGAGUGUUUUUCCGUGAGAGAGGUACAAUCUGGGACAGCGCCAGCAGCAGGGUUGGCAGUUUGGGCCAUAGUAGAGGUCAUCUCGUGGUCAUGUGUGCAACUCCAGUUUGAUGCCCACCCUCCCCUCAGCGCUGGCCAUGGACGGGGAGAACUACCUGCAUCCAGAAGGCCCUCAGCUGGACACCAGCUUGUUCGUUGUAACCCCCUCAAACAUGGAGAGUUCUCUCUUUGGCUCCCCUGGCUCCUGGAGGUCCUUCUCUCAGCAGGCCGGAUACAGCGUGCACUGCCCUAUGCAAUCCGGAAACCAGCAAUACCACUUGAACAGCAGCAGCGCUCCCGCCGCCACUACACCGGAUGUGCACCUUGACAUGUACUCUGCGUUCUCCGACAUGGAUUUCCCUUGCCUCAACCGGCCCAGAAAUGGCGAUUUCUCCCAGGAUCUGUCCUGCAUCGAUGACAUCUCCACCAAUUCCCUGUUCUCCUCUCCGGCCGACUCACUGUCCGAGUAUGCCGACGCCCAGUCCUUCAUUAGCACCGAUCACCUGGACACGGUGCCCACGCUCUGGGACAUCAACACGAGUACCACCACCACCAACAACGGCGCCGCCACUACACCAGCGCAGAACCAGCUGGAGCUUAAAGGCUCCAGCAGGUUUCAGGGCUUGGCCAGUUUGGAUGAUAUAACCGCUAUAAUCAGCGUGCCACCUUUAGGAGGAUUUCAGACUCAGAGAGCCCAAUCACCCCCGGAGGAAGAGGAGGAAGCAGAGGAAGAGGAUUCAGAGGAACUGGGCCAUGUCGACACGUAUGCUGAGUACAGACCUUCCAAAUCCACGAUCGGAAUUUCCCAUCCCGACAUAGUGGUGGAGACCAACACUCUGUCCAGCGUCCCUCCUCCGGACAUCACAUAUACUCUAUCUAUACCCAGGUCGCCAUUAACAGCGGCCUGCUCUCGCCUGCAGCUAGAAGCCAUCAUCUACGCUUGUCAGCAACACGAGGUCAUCCUACAGAACAACCAACGGGCAGGCUUCCUGAUUGGAGAUGGCGCCGGCGUGGGAAAGGGACGUACUGUUGCGGGAAUCAUCCUGGAAAACUACCUUAAGGGAAGAAAAAAAUCACUAUGGUUCAGCAUAUCCAAUGACCUGAUUGAUGCAGAGCGAGAUCUCAAAGACAUCGAUCCCCCUAUUCCCGUGCACGCCUUAAACAAAAUUAAGUAUGGAGACACAGCUACCUCAGAAGGAGUCCUCUUUGCGACCUACUCUGCGCUGAUUGGCGAGAGCCAGGCGGGUGGGCAGCACCGCACGCGGAUUAAACAGAUCCUGGACUGGUGCAAGCCGGAUUUCGACGGAGUUAUUAUUUUUGACGAAUGCCACAAAGCCAAGAAUGCCACGUCCAAAGAUGGGCAGGCGGUGCUUGAUCUGCAGAACAAGCUGCCACGGGCCAGAGUGGUGUAUGCCAGUGCCACAGGUGCCUCUGAGCCAAAGAACAUGAUCUACAUGAGCCGCCUGGGUAUCUGGGGUGAGGGCACGCCUUUCAGGGCCUUUGACGACUUCCUGCACGCCAUCGAGAAAAGAGGCGUGGGCGCCAUGGAGAUUGUCGCCAUGGAUAUGAAGGUGAGCGGGAUGUACAUAGCCAGGCAGUUGAGCUUCUCAGGGGUGUCUUUCCGCAUUGAAGAGAUCGGACUGGACAGCGACUUUAAGCUGGUCUACAAUAAAGCCGCCAAAUUGUGGGCAGAGGCACUGCAGGUCUUCAUGCGCGCCGCCGACGAGCUGGGCCUGGUCAGCAGGAAGUCCCUGUGGGGCCAGUUCUGGUCGUCUCACCAGCGCUUUUUCAAAUACCUCUGUAUAGCUGCCAAGGUCCGCUGCCUGGUGGAGUUGGCCAAGAAAGAGCUGGAGGCAGGAAAGUGCAUCGUCAUUGGCCUGCAUUCUACCGGGGAGUCGCGCACCAGAGAGGUUCUGGACGAGAUGAUGGGUCACCUUGACCGAUUUGUCUCCGCCGCAGAGGGAGUAUUCCAGUCUCUUGUUACCAAACAUUUCCCUUCUGAGAAGCAGAGGAGAGAGAAGGCACCGGGGAAUAAGAGAAAACGCAAGCCUCGAGGUCGCCAUCCUAAGGUACCCAAGCACACGGUGGACAGCGUCGGCAUCAUAAGCAUCAAUAGCGACGACAGCAGCACCGACUCUGACGGCAUGGACACCGAUUCCAACUCGUCUCCGGACUCGCUGCUGGACAACGAUGAUGUCAUUUUUGUCAACCACACCAGCUGCCACACUGGUGUGUGGUUUUGUUUUGGUUUUUGCUGUUGUUGAUAUGGUCUGACAUUCCUCUCAUGUGGAUUUCCAGUCAGGAUAGAGGAGAUGAAGCAGGGUCUCCUCAAUAAGAUUGCACAACUGGGAAAAGAACUACCUCUCAACACCCUGGACGAGCUUAUUGAUAAGUUUGGAGGGCCUGAUAAAGUCUCUGAGAUGACCGGGCGUAAGGGUCGUGUGGUGCGACGUCCUGAAGGUAUCGUCCGUUACGAGUCACGCGCUGAGCAGGGUCUCACCAUUGACCACAUCAACAUCAAGGAGAAAGACCGCUUCAUGAGUGGAGAGAAGCUGGUGGCCAUCAUCUCCGAAGCAGCCAGCUCUGGAAUUUCCCUGCAGGCGGACAAGAGGAUAAAAAACCAGCGGCGGCGAGUCCACAUGACAUUGGAGCUACCUUGGAGCGCAGACAGGGCCAUUCAGCAGUUUGGCCGUACCCAUCGGUCCAAUCAAGUGACAGCUCCGGAGUACAUCUUCCUCAUCUCGGAGCUUGCCGGCGAGAGACGUUUCGCCUCCAUCGUUGCAAAGAGACUGGAAAGCCUGGGUGCGUUAACACAUGGAGACAGACGGGCGACUGAAACCAGAGACUUAAGCAAGUACAACUUUGAGAACAAGUAUGGUACUAAGGCUCUGGAUAAAAUCACCAAAGCAAUUUUGGGCCACAUAGAGAACAAGGUGCCCGUGCCUAAAGAUUACCCCGGAGGUGACGCCAUGUUCUUCAGAGAUAUGAAACAUGGAAUGAUGGAUGUGGGCAUCUUCUGUCGGGAGUCUCGCUUUGGCAUCAAUACGGAGAAAGAUUGCAGCGUUACCAAAUUCCUAAACCGAAUCUUGGGGCUGGAGGUCCACAAGCAGAACCAUCUCUUCCAGUAUUUCACAGAAAACUUUGACUACCUAAUAGAAAAAGACAAGAAAGAGGGCAAAUAUGACAUGGGCAUCUUAGAUUUGGCUCCAGGUAACGAUGAGAUUUAUGAGGAGAAGCAGGAAAUCUUUAUGACAGUGGGGAACCCUCAGGAUGGCCAGGUGGUUCUUUACCAGAUCAGUGUGGACAGAGGUAUGCCUUGGGAUGAAGCCAGCAACAGGUUUCUCAGUCUCACUGGUGCUGACGAGGGCUUCUACAUGUCCCGGAAGCCUCGAGGUAACCAGCCUUGCGUGUUGCUCGCUGAGCAAGGGAGAGGCAAGAACUUUAUUGUUUACAAGCCCAACAUCGGCAAGCAGACUCAUCCUGAAAGCCUUGAAAACCUGCAGCAACGCUAUCGGAAGGUGACUCCAGAGGAGGCCAAGGACUGCUGGGAGAGUCGGUUCAGCUUCUCCUUGAAGAAGUGUAGCCAUGCCAACUGGAAUGGCAAAUGCAAGAAAGUGGAGGAAGGCCAGGAGUGCUUCCAGGGUAUGCGUCUGCGCCAGUACCACAUGCUGUGCGGCGCUCUGCUGCGCGUUUGGAAGCGCGUGUCCGACGUGGUGUCCGACAUCACCAACUCCAACAUCCUGCAGAUUGUUCGCCUCAAGACCAAGCAGCACAACAAGCAAGUUGGCAUCAAGAUCCCAGAGAACUGCGUGGCCCGGGUGCGCGAAGAGCUUAUGCUCAUGGACGAGGAGGUAAAGCGGAGGCGCAAGGAGCGCGAGAAGCAAGCCAUGGAGCAGCGUCUGGCCGAGGAGCGCAUGCGCAAGAUGGAGCAGGACAACAAGCACCUGCUGGCAAAUCUGUUCAGCCAGAAAGCCAUGCCCACCCAGUCACUGGCCCAUUCGCUGGUUCACGGUCAACUCCUCAAGCAGAAACUGAACCCGCUGCAGAAGACGCAAGUGGCGGGCAUGUCUCAGCUGCAGAGGAUGCAGGCUGUCUUGCAGCAGCAGCAGCAGCAGCACCCACAGGGUCAGGCUCUGCUGUCUUUACCCCCAAACCCCCAAGUGACUGCGAGCGGCUGGCCCGGCAAGUCGGCCGCCUCCAAGCAGGCGGCGGCGCGCAACGCGGUCGUCCACGGCUCCAACUUCUCCCAGUUUUACCGUCAUUCCUUCUUACCCUCCUUCCCGCAGCCCCUUCAUAUCCACCAGACAGCACGCAUGUCUUCCCAGAAGGGCCAGGAAGAGGUGCUGGACCUGACCGUCAGCUCACCGUCGCCCUCACCGGACAGCACCGAGGUCGGGCCGGCUCUGGACGGUCUGACGGGUCCGGCCGCGCCGUUCGCCGACGACUUUAACUUGGAGUCGCUCAUCUCGCAGAUGGCCACUCAGCUACCGCCGGCGCCGCCUCCUCCGCCUCUGAACCACAACCACCUGAGAAACAACCACCAGGACUUGCUGGACCUUUUCGACCUGCCCCUCUCGCCGCCGAUGCCCACGCAGAAAGCCAGCCCUUCGUCCUCCGCGUCGUCCAGCUCCUCUUCCACAUCCUCCCUCGUCCAAAGCUCGCUUUUUUCCAACCCCCCGUCCUCGUGCUCUUCCUCGCAGUUCCCUCCCCAUCGCUUCCCCAACUUUCUCCUGCCCCAGUCGGACUCGCUCCCCCUGCCCAACGGCCACUGCAGCUCGGGCGCUCUGGACGUGCGCGAGGCUCUGAACAGCAUGCUCCAGGCGGCGGGGCCCGACCGCAAGUCCGUCAUUCACUACCGCCAGCAAGACUGACGCUUUAACGUCCCCACUCGUUUUUUGUGUGUGUAAGCAGAUUUUUAGCACGCAUUCCUCCGCUGCUGUCCGGGGACCUUCCAGUCAACAUCACUGCCUGUCCUGCUCACAGUCUUCUCUCAAACCACCUCUAGCCAGCGCCUGCUCCCAAUUUGGGAUUCCCGCACCCCCAACGUGCGUCCUCCUCCACGGCAGCUGAAACGCAAACUUGACUUUAGGGAACUCUUCUGGAGCUGUCGAAACAAAACAAAAGUCCUUUAACUGAUUCGACGCUGGAAUCUUUUUUUGUUAUUAUUGCUUUAUUCAAGCGAGGCGCUAGGUGGCAACAAACUGGAAGAUACAAGAGGAAGAAAUCAAAGCUGACAAAACCGUGAAAUGCCUCCUUUUGAUCCGUUUGCUCUCCCCCAAACGACACGACGUGCUCCCUUUCUUUCCUUUUGUUUGUUUGUUUGUUUGUUUGUGUUUGAGGAAAGAGGAGAGGGAAAGCAGCAGUCUGCAAACAGUGCCUUUCUGAGAAUCUAUAAAUGCAGUCUUUAAAAACAAAAACAAAAAAA